AGAAAAUUAAAGGACGGCGCGAAACACCUCCAACUGAUAGCGUUCAGAUAACGUCCAACUAAAAAAGCUUUAGCGUGUGAAAAUUGAUCGGCAGAUAGUCACUUGUUUUAAUGUUGUAACGGCUAAUACCAAUAACAAAACUAAAGGCCCAAAUUUCUUCAAACAAAAUUUAUGGCUCUCAAUUUUCACUCAUCUGCUCUACUCUUCAACUUGACUCCAACAACAAAAUUUAAGCAUUACUCUUCUUCACUCAGUGUUCGUUGCUCCGCUCCUAGUUCUAGUGAUGAAGAUGCAACAAAUAAGAAGAAAAAGAGACUAUCUCAACAGUCAUCAUGGGAAACUGAAGAUUCCGAAGGCAAUGAUUAUCUUUACAGGCUUGGUGCAGAAGCAGAUAAUAUGAAUAUCGCCGUUGGUGCUAAAGCUGGUGUUAUUGAUAGCCUCUUCGCCGGAAAUUUCCUCGGAAAAGACUCGGAUAUUGUCUUUGAUUAUCGGCAGAAGGUGACUAGGUCGUUUGCGUAUCUUCAAGGCGAUUACUAUGUUGCUCCCGCGUUUUUGGAUAAAGUCGUGUGUCACAUUGUGAAGAACUACAUUUCUCAUCUUUUGAACGCCAAAGUUCCCCUGAUUCUAGGUGUUUGGGGAGGAAAAGGGCAAGGCAAAACAUUUCAGACCGAACUGGUGUUUCAGGCAAUGGGAAUUGAACCUGUCAUUAUGUCUGCAGGAGAGCUGGAAUCAGAAAGAGCUGGAGAACCGGGAAAGUUAAUACGUGAGCGUUAUAGAACUGCUUCUCAAGUGGUUCAGAACCAAGGGAAAAUGAGUUGUUUGAUGAUCAACGACAUUGAUGCUGGCCUUGGUAGAUAUGGUAACACGCAAGUGACAGUCAACAACCAAAUUGUUGUUGGAACUCUGAUGAAUUUGUGUGAUAAUCCUACAAGGGUAAGUGUAGGGCAGCAGUGGAGAGAAGGAGAUAUAACACACAGGAUUCCCAUUAUUGUCACAGGCAAUGAUUUUUCAACAAUGUAUGCUCCCCUAAUUCGUGAUGGGAGAAUGGAGAAGUUCUAUUGGCAGCCCACAAAAGAAGACAUCGUGAAUAUUGUUUGCAGAAUGUAUGAGAAAGAUGGCAUAACAAGGGAUGAGGUUGCGACUAUCGUUAAUACAUUUCCAAAUCAAGCGUUGGAUUUUUAUGGAGCUAUGAGAUCUAGAACAUACGAUCAGUCCAUCCUAAAGUGGGUUGAAGAAUCUGGAGGUGCUGAAGAUAUUGGCAGAAGAUUUCUUCGACAAAGAAAGAAGGGAGAACUCCCGGUUUUUGUUCCUCCAGAGCAAACUGUUGAAGCCUUACUUGAAUCGGGACGCUCUCUUACCGAAGAACAAAAGCUGAUUAUGGAGAACAAACUUUCAAAAGAAUACAUGAAGAACAUGGAUGAAUAGUAUGGGCGGGUGCAACUAUGUGGAUUCAACAGGCUUCAGGUUGAUCAAUUUUUGUGUAUAUCAUUGAUUGAAUAACAGUAAAUAUAUUAUCCAAUCAGGAGUACUGGAAAAUGACAACAUAAAUUUAUCUUGCUGAAGCUUCCCCUAGCGAGAUGAGGAAUAGAACACAAUUUUUGUUGCUCAUGUAAAAUUACGUAUAUUUUAGCUGGUUGGUAAGCAUAACUAGCUUUGUAAUUUUUUACAAAUUUGUUUUUAUUUUUAUGUCUUUAUUUUUAUACAAAAUAAAUCUUGAAAGAUCA